UGAUGUCGAAUGCGUGCAGUCGUAGUACUGUGGCUCGCGCCUCGUAGCGUUAUCGGGAAAGCGCGGGAAAACAGCGGCGACGAGCGCUCGCAUCAGUUGGCUCGCGGCCGCUGCCAGACAUGCACGGGUCCGCGCGCGCGCUCGGUCUCGCACUCGCGGUACUCGCGCUCGCGUACGCGCGCGCCCACAUACCCUCCCACGACAACAUCCUCAGAAUACAGUUGUGGGAUGCGGAGGGUCUCAGUAGGGAUCCCAUCACCACGCCGGCUCCGACCACCACGCCAGGCUUGCGCUCCAACAGGCGCCACAAGUUGAAAGUGAACUUGGACUCGCUGUACGAUGCUAUGCUGGAGGAGGGCCACGACGGAGGGUUCGGCAGGUUCACGCGACAUAAAGUGCGGCACAAGCGACGCCGGCCGCGGCAGACCGGCACCGACUUGCCGUGGCGGUUCCACGCCGGCGACAAGGUGCUGAACGUGGCAGUGUACGACGACAAUGUGCCCUGGGACGUUAUCGAGGCUGACAGCGGGACCAUGGUGAAUACCAGUGCAGUGAGUGAGAGUGCCAGUUCCCCUGUGAAUGCGCCGCGGGACGUGGGGCCCCCCAUGCACCUGCGUCAGCCUCCGGACGAGGAGCAAGAAGCCAAGGAGGUGGCAGUGGUCCCCAAAUGCUGUCCAAGCGGACAGAACCUCACAGUGGAGAUAGUGGAUGGCAAUGUGAAGACUUUCUGCGCCCGGUCCACACUGACCUUCGCGCCAAUCUUCCAUCAAGCAAACGAGACUCAUAUCUUCAGUUAUGACACUAAUGUCUAUGAGACCCUGGUUGGGAACCCAUGCCGCUAUGAAAAGUACAAAUUAGAACCAGACCUUCGCAGUGAAGAUGAGUUCUACCUUCUGGUGAAUGGGUCUCUCUUUGUCCCGUAUUCAAGACCUUACCUUCUCGGUACACGAGAUUAUUGUAUGGAGACGUUUUGGAACGAGUCGAUACCAGCAGGGGUUACUUUACCAGUUGUCUGCUUUGAUACUCCUAUGGAGGACACUAAGACAUCGUCCACACUUAUCGCCUAUGCUACAGGGUUGCUAAUAUCAGUACCGUUUCUACUGGCGACGGCAUCAGUAUACCUCUUCAUCACGGAGCUACGGGAUACUCAUGGCAAAGCCCUGGCUUGCCACACCGUGUGUCUGGCGCUUGCAUUCACAUGUUUAGCAGCCACGCAGCUUGCUGGCCAUGCAUUCCCUGCAGCUGCUUGCAAUGUUAUGGCAUACUUGAUCCAGUUUUCAUUCGUGUCAUGUUUCUUCUGGCUGAACGUGAUGUGUUUCGAUAUAUUCCUGAAUGUUCGGAGGUACAUCAACGCAUCAGUAACAAGACGCAGCAUGAGACGAAGAUUUGCGUGGUACUGCGUCUACGCAGUGCUCUUCCCAAUCCUGCUGCUUGUAGUGACCAUCACCAUGGACCUCUCACCAGCGGUCCCUAGCACUUACCUGAAGCCUAACUUCGGGGUCAAGGGAUGCUGGUUUAAAACGGAUCAAGCAGCCUUACCAUACUUCUAUGGACCGGUGGCGCUGAUCCUAUGCAGCAACCUAUGUAUAUUUUUCUUCACAUCAAGAGCUAUAGCUACACAUUAUGAUAAACUAAAGGAUAUUACGCCUUUAGAUUUGACACACUCAGACUUCAGUACAUCAGAUGACUGGGUACGGCUCAGGUCGGUGCUGGGGCAGCCGGUACCAGAAACAACAUCUUCACCACCGCAAGAAGCUCCCACGAAUUUUAAUCAGAGGCUCAAGAAGUACAAGAAAUUGUUCCGCAUGUGUUGCCUCCUUUCGUUCAUCAUGGGAUUGUCAUGGGUACUGGAAGUAGUGUCAUGGGCGGCAGGUGCAGGCUCUGAUGUCAUGUCCGUUUGGUCGGUGUUCGACCUCGUGAACGCGCUGCAAGGAGUCGUCAUCUUCGCUAUAUUUGUGUUACAACAACCCGUCCGUUCUCUUGUUAAGUCCUCACAUCUCUUCUCGACCUGCAGAAGGAAAAAAGACGGCUCAGAAGUAUCUGUGGUGAGUGAAAGAAAUAGUAUCAUCGCAGGCGCUGGGAGAAGGGACUAUGUGUAGUGCAGUGAAGUGAACGACAAUGUAGUCAGUGAUCAAGUGAAUGAUAGUGAACAAGACUCCUCUCGUGAACAACUUGUUCACAUUCAAGGUAAUACACUCGAGACUGAUAAUGGUAACAGUAUUAUUGGCUUUGAAGUUUUAGUGGUGAGUGGUGCUCCUCGACUAUACGAAUAUAAAAGCAAAAUAACUAAUUAUUUUAUGUUAUUGUAAGUCCAAGUUAUUAACCAACGAUGUUUGAGAUGUAGGCGAUCGAGUCUAUUAGAAAUUUUAAUUAGAUGUAAAUAUUUAUGUUAUAAUACUUGUUGUUGAAUGUUAUUUUGCAAGGAAUCCCAACGAAAUAAUUCUUGAUUGAAUUGACUGUAACAUCAGCCACGAAUAGUCCAUAAAAUGUUCUGAGUUCUGAAUCAUUUCCUUAAAUGGGAUUAAGGUUCGCUUUGAAACCGCUCACAUUGAAAUCUUCAAAGCAUUGCGGAGUAACUGUGAAAGGUGUAUGAACUUCAUUCAUGAUUUCAUUCCUGUGAUAGAGCCUUAAAACUUGUUUAUAAUAUUAUUUGCAAAAGUUCUAUCGUCAUAUUGUUUUGCUUGAAUUGUUUGUUUGAUAAUUAUAAUAAGUGUAUUGUACGUACUAUGAACUAACAAACUGUUUAUUAGGUUAAUUUAAGAGUUUAAGUUACCGUGUUCUAUGGCUGGGUGCUCUAGUUGAUACAACGAUUCACAAGGCUUACUUUAUUAUUUUAGUUACGUAUUUUAUGCAAUUGUUAUAUUGAUUAUAUUUGAGUUUAUUCAAGGCAGCCGUGGCCAAGAUCUGCCUAACCCAGCCUCGCUUGUUAAACAUAUGGUUGUUAAUACUUAGUGUAAGAAAAUUAAAUAUUUUUAUAACGUACAUGACCAAGUUAAUGAUUUUAUCUAAGCAUUAGCUGAUGUGACCUCUGCAUCGGAACCUACAUUCUUGAUAGACGAAAAUAUGUAGUGCCAUACGAUAGAAAAUAGUGAACUAAAAAGUGGUGCAUUUUAUUUCCUUUACGAGAGCUAGUCAUAAUUUAAAUUUAAUAAAUGUUAUAAGCAAGUAGGUUAUUUAAUUUAUUUUCGUAAUUAUAAUUAUUAAGGUGGACAUUUUUGGAAUUGUACAUGUACAGUUUUGUAUCAAAAUACUGGGUUUUGCUGUCAAGGACACUUAUGGUAGAGAAAUGACGUCAACUUGUUUUAUUGUUGCAUUUAUAUUGCUAAACACAAAACAUUAGUCCUAUUAGGUUGAAAUACAUAAGAACACGUCUGUUUCUCGCAUUUUCUAAUAGAUAAAACAAAAAUUCCUUUGAAUUGUUGACUUAUGUUAUUCAAUAUUUAUCCUUAUGCUAUAAAUAACGUGGUUUACAAGUUAAUGUUCAAUGCUCAUUCAUAAUUAAUGGGGACAGGAAAAUAAUUUAUGUUUUAAGAUUUUUGUUUAAUUUGACAUGAUUUGCUAUUCAGAAUUCGCUUUUGGGUAAUUCUCGAACACUUUUUGUUAUUUGUUGCUCUAAUUAGCUAUAUACGAAGUUAUGUAACUUUGUAAAAAAGUACGUAAGUACUGAAAAUGUAUGAAGUUUUAAUUUUUCAUAUCUGGUGUUAGUUUUGUUUCGAAUUGAUAGUAUCACAUUAAGGGUCACCAUACAGGGACUGCUUAAAACAGCCUAGUUGUGAUUGCAAAGUGAACUAUAAACUUCUACGUACGUACAUACAUGGAUUGUUCGAGUAGUUAGCAAUGGCAGCUUCAAGCUAUUGACUCUAAAUGCAAGAGCAGUCCGGGUAUGUUAAUCACUAGCUAACUGCUCGAGCAGUCCAUAUAUGGUGGCUCAAAGAUAAGAUGACGUCAUUUCUAAAGUCGAAGGGUCUAACAAUAAAAAGAGGAGCAGAAAAUCCAAAAAAAAAAAACAAAACAAAUUCUGCAAAAUUAACAAAUGUUCACACUCAACUCAUCCUAUUGACUUUUAUAUUAGUUUAUUAUUAUAUUCUAUUGCGAUUCAAUGAAGUAAAAUUAUUUAUUUAUUUUGAAAACUAGCUUGCAAAUGUUAUCGGUACUAAAUUAAAAUAAUAUUCUGGAUAAGACUGGUCGUAUGAAUAAUGAAACGGGAAUACGUAAUAGAGUUAUUAAAAUACCAUUACGUGUAGAUAAGGAAAUGUAUGUGUAAGGUUUGACGGAGAAUGCUGAGCGAGAUGAUGUAAGUCGUAGUCGGUCGGGACCAAAUGUUGCGCAUCAUUACGUCACUGAACACGUUUAGGGAAAAUCUUCAGAAAGUUAUAUUUGAGACAGUCAUGGCCGUCACCAUCCUUGAAUCAUAUCUUAACUAAAAUUUACUAGCGUGACAUAAGCCCUUACUUGUACUUCUAUAGGUGUCACUUAUAGGUUGGUGAAAUUCAAAAUAUCGCUAAAUUGAUUAUUAUGUUAUCGGCUUUCUCACGUAACUGUUUGAUGAGGAACUCGACUAAUUUCAAGCCGUGCUACAGGCCAUAAUCAUGAGUAGCAUUCCGCGACACAUAACGCAGCGAUUAUAGUCACCUAUUUUGGCAUAGGGGUUUAUAAAAAUUCAGGUAAUUUUUGGUGAAUCUAAGGUCCAUCCUUAGACUCAUUUUAGUAAAGUAAUAUUUCUUUGUGUUAUUAUGUUUUGUCUGACCUGCGUUUGAUGUCAUAGCAGGCGAUGUCAAUUUAUUUAAUUUGAUGGGUGUAUACUUAAUUAACACAUCGAGUACACGAAUCAAACUUAAGUCUGUUCUAUUUACAAUUAGAAACCAAAUAAUACGGAACUACACUAACGUGGCAAUAUUCCUCGAAUUCAAGAAAUGUAAAUAACAGAUAUUGUACGUUAUUUAGUUGAUAAAAUAAGGUUCAUUAUUGCAUGCAACGUUUUGUCCUUUACCGAAUACGAAGCUAAUUCUAUCCACGUUUCUUAAAUCAGCUAUGCUUUCGCUAAAUAUUAUUUUUCGUGUGGAAAAAAUUAAACCAAAUCUAAAGGACCCACGACAAUAAUUAGUCUUGUAACUUUAAGUACAUUUUCAUUUAUUUAAACCCAAACUGUUACUUUCUAUUAUGAAAUUAUUGAAUCUUUAUUAACAGUAAACGAAUAUUAUUAUGGAACUAAUGUAUAUGGAGCUGAGUUUGUAAAAAGUGUAUUUACCUUAAAAACUAGAACAUAUUUACUAUGUUUUACGAGACCAUCGGCCUCUGAACUAACUUUCUUCACAUAGCGAAAAUUAUUUUUAAAAUCUAGUUAAUAAGGUUGAAAAUGCAGUGUCUUGUAAUAUAUGGUAAACGUGUCUCCUGUAUUAAAGUUAGCAUGUAUGCGUGUGUAAUUAUGUAUUAUAUUAAAUAAUUGUUAAAUGUUGAUGCGGAUUUUUUAAGUGAAAUGACAAUUUAAAAGUGUAUAUUUGUCUAUUUUGCAAAACAUGACGUUAAUAAACAAGCUUUAUAUAAAAUAA